AUGCUCGCCAUCAGCAUUACCUUCAUCACGGAGGCGGGAUGCUUGCUCGCGGUGCCGAAUUGUGCGAUGGCGCUGUCAGGUCACAAGCCCGCGUUUCCAAAUGCCCGCUCCGGGGUGCUAGAUUACAAGCCCGCGGUGCCGAAUUACUUGUCCGCGCUGCUAUAUUGCAAGCCCGCGCUGUCGAAGGUCAGGCGCUUGCUCGCGCUGCCGAAUUGCGCGAUGGUGCUGUCAGGUCGCAAGCCCGCGCUGCCAAAUGCCCAGUCCGGGUUGCUAGAUUACAAGCCCGCGGUGCCGAAUUAUUUGUCCGCGUCGCUAAAUUGCAAGACCGCGCUGCCGAAGGUCAGCAACGACCAGGCUGCGCCGGCACGCCCAGGCCGGGCCCCAGACGGCACGGGGGCGCGGGGCAGCAACGGCGAUGCUGACGUGCUCACGGCGCUCUUGCGUGAUCAUUUAUUUCUCAGACGAGAGAUGCGGCCUGUAGCAGAUGCAGUUCAAAUAGCCGUAUUUUUUCGUGGCAAGGCAGAGACGGACGCUUUCUACAUUCUCGGUCAGAAGUGGGCGAGCAACCACCCCGAGGGAGGCGGAAAGAAGCGCAAGGCCGAGGGCGAGGGGGGCAUGGCGAAGACUUUCAUGCUCCACGCGUUCUUUACCAGGAUGCGCGAGACGGCGCCCGGUCUGGAGCCUGACAAGACCGCCGGCCUCACGCCGCAGGCAAAGGAGGCCGGGGACAUGCACCUGGCUAUGUUCACGCAGCUCGGGCCCAAAGACUUCGACCGGUUGUUCUCUGGGAUCGCGUCGCGCUACCCGAAGCCGAUGGGCGACAGGACGUGGCUGUGGGCGCCCACCGUCAAUCUCGUGAUGAUCCCCGAGGACCUCCGGCUCAGCUUGGGUCAUGUCAUGGAGAUGGCAGAGUGCGACGGCGUAGAUGUCAGGGUGGAGUUGAAGCAAUCCAACCAGGGGAACCCCGAGGAGCAGCUCUGGACGACGCUCAGGUUGCUCGGCCACCCGCACUUUGUCAACGUGCUGUUUUCGGUCGUCUUCCUCGGCGGCUACUUGCUUAUCCUUGACCUGCCCGAGGGCUUCUCCGAGCUGGGCGACAGCUCCUCCGGCGCGACUGACACGCGCGAGGGCGUAUUCGACGGCCCCGCGGUGAAGGGCGAGCCCUUCUACGUGGCCAUCAUCACGCCAGUGAUCCACUGCUGCAUGGGCGGCCUCGAGAUCGACGCGGACUCCGCCUGCGUCGGCGCCAACGGCAAGGCCAUCCCGGGGCCCCGCGCGGCCGGCGAGGUCGCCGGCGGCGUGCGCGGCAACAAUCGCUUGGGGGGCAAUUCGUUGCUGGACUGCGUGGCGUUCGGCCGCGUGCCGGGCCUCGCCGCGACCAAGUGCAUGCUGGGCGCGGACUGCAAGCCCGUUAGCCUGAAGGACCUCUCUGGCGGAGGCUUCACUGGCGAGGCGACGGCGUCCAAGAACGCGGGCGGCUCGUGCGAGGAUGGCAUGAACAAGGGCGCGGAGGGCGGAAAGGCAAAGGGCGGCGCCGCGCCCGCCGGCAAGGGCGGCGUCGAGGGCUACUCCAUGGAGGAGGUGGCCAAGCACACAAGCAAGACCGACUGCUGGGCGGUCGUGGCUGGCGAGGUGCUCGACGCGACCUCGUUCCUGAGCCGGCACCCCGGAGGCGAGCUGGCCAUCCUCACGUUCGCCGGGGAGGACGCCACCGAGGAGCUCAACAUGAUCCACCCUGCGGACGUGAUCCCGAAGUGCGCCCCCGACGCCGCCAUCGGCGUGCUCGGCGCAGGGGGCGGCGCGGCCCCGGCGGCGGCGGCCGGCGCCCCGGCGGCGACGGCGGCCGCGGCGGGAGAGCAUGGCGCGCGCGACUGGAAGUUGGCGAACGACAGCCGCAACAAGCGGAUGGGCGAGUACGGGCGCGUCCUGGGGCCCACGGGGGCUCUGAUCUACAUGGUCAUCGCCUUCAUGAAGGAGGUCCUCUUCACGAUCUUCGGCCAGAAGAACUUCCAGUUCACAAACGACCGCAUUGGCCUGACGCGCUCCGCGAUGUUCAUGUUCAUCAUCAUCAUCAUCAUCCACGCAGUUGGCAGCCUGCACGUGUUCCUCGGCCCGGACGACUUCAAUGGGCAUGGAUACUUCUACGUCCGCCUCUACUGGACGGGCUUCGGCUCCAAUGCCAACGUCGUGGAGGAGUGCGUCCUGCUCGCCGCGCUGCUCCACGUAGCGGUGGGCCUGAAGCGCAUCUGGGACGUCUCGAUCAAUUACACCAUCGCCUCUGGCAAGCUCAACCCCACGAUCUCGGGCAUCGCGUUGCUGUCCUUCAUGAGCACCCACCUCUUCCAGUUCCGCUUCGGCGACACGCAGCCGUUCGAGCUGUGCCCGCCACCGUGCCUCAUCAACGCGGCCACCCUGCUGGAGCUGACGCUGAAUCCCUCCCGGGCCCACGACGCCGACUGCGUCAAGGCGAGCGCCCGCGACAUCUACCGUAUGGAGUUCGAGGUCUUCCAGUCCCUCGACCGGUGCCUCUUCUACAUCAGCGCCGCGGCCAUCUUCGCCACGAACACGCGCCUUGGCUGGCAGAAGGCUGCCCCGGCACCUGCGCUCGAGAUCCCAAAGCGCAUCCACAACAAGGCGGUUCACAUCGGCUACAUCAUGAGGGCCUUCAUCGCGUUGGUCUACGUCAGCUUCCCGCUCUACACGCACAUCUUCCCGAUGUCCGACGGGGCGGCCGCCCCAGAGGCCCCGCUGCCCGCCCCCGUCGCCGCCGCGGGCCCGGCAACCAUGGCUCCCCUCACCAUGGCGGAAGUAGCCAAGCACACGAGCAAGACCGACUGUUGGGUAGUGGUGGCUGGUGAGGUGCUCGACGUGACCUCGUUCCUGAGCCAGCACCCUGGAGGCGAGCUGGCCAUCCUCACGUUCGCCGGGAAGGACGCCACCGAGGAGUUCAACAUGAUUCACCCUCCGGACGUGAUCCCGAAGUACGCCCCUGACGCUGCCAUCGGCAAACUUGGGGCAGGCGGAGGUGAGGACAAGCCGAAGAAGGAGAAGAAGGAGAAGAAGGUGAAGUCAGCCGGCGGUGGCGGCGGUGGCGGCGGCCUCACCAUGGCGGAGGUGGCCAAGCACACGAGCAAGACCGAUUGCUGGGUGGUCGUGGCUGGUGAGGUGCUCGACGUGACCUCGUUCCUGAGCCAGCACCCUGGAGGCGAGCUGGCCAUCCUCACGUUCGCCGGGAAGGACGCCACCGAGGAGUUCAACAUGAUUCACCCUCCAGACGUGAUCCCGAAGUACGCCCCUGACGCCGCCAUCGGCAAACUUGGGGCAGGCGGAGGUGCCGACGAGGAUGACGACUCGGACGAGGACGACGACUCGGAUGGUGAUGAGGAGGAGGUUGUCGGUGGUGGCGGCGGGUACAGCCCGGAGGAGGUGGCGAAACACGUUACCAAGGAUGACUGCUGGGUCAUCCUCGGCGGAAAGGUGCUCGACGUUACCUCCUUCCUGUCGCAGCACCCAGGGGGCGAGCUGGCGAUCCUCACGUUCGCCGGCAAGGACGCCACGGCGGAGUUCGACAUGAUCCACCCUCCCGACGUGGUCGGCAAAUACGCGCCAGACGCCGUCAUCGGCGACGUCGGCAGUGGCGGCGGCGGCGCGAAGAAAAAGAAAGAGAAGGCGCCCAAGAAAGGCGGCAAGCCAGUCAUCCUGGACAAGGGCGGAAAGAUCGCCAACCACCAGGCCUGGGGGCACCUGGACGGCCGGGACAAUUGGCGCGAGGGCGUCAUGGACAGCAACCCGGGCGUGUUCUUGAUCAACGUGCGGGCCUAUUUCUACGCCGCUUGGUAUCUGCUGAGCGCCGUCCUCUACGAGGUCGCCGCGACGAUCUUCGUCAACAAGAACUUCAAGAUAACUGGCGAUCGCGUCGGCCUCACCCGCAGCGCGAUCUUGCUGGUCCUGUUCAUCGUCAUCCAUGCCGUCGGCAACCUUCACGUAUUCAAGGGCCCCGAUGACUUCAACGGCUACGGCUACUUCUACGUGCGCCUGUACUGGACUGGCUUUGGGCUCCCCGCCAACAUCGUGGAGGAGUACAUCCUGCUCUCGGUCCUCCUGCACGUGCUCGCGGGCCUCAAGCGCACUUGGGACACGUCCCUCGGCAUGUUCAAGAACAAUCCGCGAGCACUCGACCUCGCCUGCACGGGCCUGGUCCUGCUCACCUUCAUGACGGUUCACUUGUUCCAGUUUCGUUUCGGCGACACCGACCAGUUCGGGCCGUACAUGAUCCGCCCCCCUCCCUACCUCAUCAAUUUCUGGGGCGUGUUCGAGCUCGACCUCUUCUGGACGAAGGACGCCUCGAUCCAGCCGGUGGGGGUUCGCGACAUCUACGCGCUCGAGUUCAAGCUCUUCAACGAUUCCAAGGCUCUCAGCCUCUUCUACAUGUUCGCGGUGGUCGUGUUCAUGGUCCACGGUUGCCUCGGCUGGAAGAAGCUCGCCCCAGCGUCGGCCUUCGGCAUCCCGAAGAAGCAUAUCCCAUUGGUGACCAAGUACGGCUACGCAAUCUUCAUUGCGGUCGGCCUCGUCUACAUCUCGUUCCCGCUGUACUGCCUCUGCACGGUCCCGUUCAACGGCUACGAGAAGGACAUCAACUCCGGCCGCGUCGAGCGCUGCCCCCCGACAGCGGCGCGCGCCGGCGACCUGGUCAGCCGCUUCAACCGCAUCGCCCCGCUUCGGGCGAAGCGAGCGGCGGUUCUGCACAGAAUGCGGGACACCCGCGCCCAGCUGCUCUUCUCCGCGGACGGCGACACGCCCGCGACUCUCUGCGGCGGAGAGCACGCGGCCUCGCACUGGGCGACCAGGCGGCCCCUCGACGGCGGCAGCCUCUGCGAGAUGCCCCCCGAGCUGCGCGUGCGGCACACCUUCCUGAACGCCGCGCCGCAGAGGUCGGCCUCGCUGGAGCCGUUCCUGGUGCCGCGACUCGCACGCUCGACGCCGGCGAGCGGCAGCCUCGACGUCGCCACCGCGUUGCCCAUGCAGGAGGUGCCCUUUUUCAUAGAGACGCCAGACGGCAGUGCGGCGCCCACCCCUCUGCCCCGCACGCCGCGCAACGAGCAUUCGGGCUGCUUACACCAGGUCGCCGAUGCCGGCCUCCAGUACGACGCGCCCGCAGGGCAAUGCGAGCAGCCUUGGAUUCAGGUGGAGCAGUCCAUGGCGCCGUGGCUGCGGCUGAACGAGGAGCAGUGGCUGGCGGUGGACAGCGAGCUCCACGCAUUUGCCUGCUGGGAGCCUUUAGGCGUCGGCGACAGCGCCAGCAGCAGCGCUGGCGGCUCUGCGUCCCUGCUGCCUGGCGAGAGCCUGGCCGCGUGGGCGGAGCCGCAGUUUGGGCAGUACGUUCCGCAACAAGCGCCUGGAGGCUGGCACUGCCCCAGCGCCGUCGCCCGCGAGCACCACAUGCAUGGCCCGCCAGGGGUGCACAGGUGGGGCGACGCCUUGGUGCGCGAGGCGUCGCGACCCACGCCGCUCGUGCCGCCCCCUGCGCAGCUGCCUCCGUGCCUGGCGCCCGCGCUCCACGCCGUGGGCGAGGCUGCCGCGAGGCCGCCGCUGGCGCCGCCGCUGGCUCCGCCACUGGCGCCGCCCGCGGCGCUGCCGACGGCGCCGCCUGCGGUGCCGCCCGCGUCAGCGGCGAGGCUGGAGACCGCCGAACUCAGCCGCAGCGGCAGGGCGCUGCGACCGCAGGGCGCGCUCGAGGAGACGCCCGAGCCAGGCGCUGCAUCGGUGCCCAGCAGGGGCUCGGCGCUGCACCGGUGGGGAGCCUGCAAGCCGUGCGCCUUUGUGUUCAAGGAGGGGUGCAACGACGGCGCGGACUGUCAGUUUUGCCACCUCUGCGAGCCGGGCGAGCGGAAGCGUCGCAAGAAGGAGCGCAUCACCAACAGGCGGGAGAUGCGUGAAGAUGGCCGACGUCGGCGGCAAGAGGUCGCCAGGCUGCGCUCAAUAGCGGCGCAGGCCGGGUGA